AUGGCGUCCGCUCCGUCCGCGAAGAAGGAGUUCCUGUGCAUUUUGCCGGAUUUCCCGGGCGCCCAGGAGAAGAGGUUGGCGGUUCGUCCCGAACAUCUCGAAGGAGUAAAACCCCUCGUGUCAUCAGGCGAAAUCGUCGCCGGAGGCGCCAUGCUCGAGUCGCACCCAGCCGAGGGUGAACCUCUCAAAUUCAAAGGCAGCAUGAUGCUUGCCGUGGCCGAAAGUGAAGCUGACGUGCGGAAGUUGCUGGAAAAUGAUAUCUACACACGCUCGGGGGUGUGGGACUUGGCGAAUGCGCAGAUUAUUCCGUUCAAAUCUGCUGUGCGGAAGGAGCUGUGA